AUGGCGUCUCUGGGGGGGAACUGCCUGAAGUUGUGUCUCUGUGGUCUUCUUUGGUGGUCUCUCCUGAUCGUCUCUGCGUCUGGAGCCUCCUUCUAUGGUGACGGCUGGGUGCAGCUCAGAGCCACAGAGCAGAGGGACCAGAACAGUCUGAGGCUGCGCUUGAGGACCUCGCGCUCCGCUGCUCUGCUCUUCGUGGCCGCGGGACCGAAGCACUACAUUCUACUGGAGCUGCGCGCUGGACGCCUGCAGCUUAAACUGGACGUUGGAUCCGGGGAGUACACAUUACAGUCAGAGAAGGCCUCGCAGCUCAAUGACCUGGCCUGGCACUCUGUGGAGGUCAAUCAUAUGGAACAAAAUGUCUCCCUGACGGUGGACAAGCACUCUCACAGCAGAGUGACCAUGGCGAGCUCCUCCUCCCAUCCUCAGCUGAGCACUCUGGAUAGCCUCUACGUGGGUGGCUCCGGGGGUCUCCACAAGCCCUUUUUACACCCGGACAUGAUCGGGUUCAGAGGCUGCAUGGAGGACGUUCUCUUCAACAAGCAUGACCUGUUGUCCUCCCUCCGGCCGUACACUGGUUUGAAGACCGUCUAUGAAGUGUCUCUCGGCUGUAGCCCUCAGUUUUUUGCCACGGAGGAUGACCCUGUAAGCUUCUUCAGCUCUCGGGCCUACGUUUCCCUCCCCCCUCUAGGCUCCCCAAAAGAACUUGUCUUCGAAUGUGUCGUGCAUACGUCUGCCAAAGAGGGGAUUCUCCUCUACAAUUCCGGCAGGGAAGGCGAUUUUGUAGGACUAGAGAUUCGGGAUGGAUUUCUUGUAGCGUUGGUUGGAAAAGGUGGAAGCAAAACUGAGCUACGUUCAAUGACAUUUGUCAGUGACAGAAAAUUGCAUGCUGUCAAGUUGAUCUUGGAUUUGCAAAGCCUUAAGCUCAAUGUGGAUGGCUCUGAAGUGAAAGCAGGCCUUGUCUCUCAUUCUGAAGAGCUGCAGCUCAAGGGUUACUUUUAUGUUGGUGGCACAGAUGACAGCACCAGGUUAGAAGCUAAGAAAGCAGCUCUGACCUCUGUGUCUGGAAAACGGGUCAAAGGAGGUUCUUUUAAGGGAUGCCUGAAAAAUAUUGUAGUUAAUGGCGUGAAGAUGGGUCUCUCCAGCGCUGUAGUCACUAGGGACAUCUCUGUUGGUUGUGAGCCAGAGAAAGAACCGGAUCAAGUUACCACUGUGAGCCCAACCAGUGCCCCUAACCUUAUACACUUUGUCACACCUACACCUUCUAUGCACAUGUCUACACUGGCUAAAGGCCUGGACAGACGCUACGGUGCAAAUUUUGUCCAUCUUCGAAAUCUUGUUGUCCCUGAAGGCGGUCGGGCCUCAUUGGACGCUAAACACAUUAAAAUUCUAUUAGAUUUCAAGGCUCUUGGAAUUCGACAGUCACAAAUAAUAUUCAAAAUCCAAGAGCAGCCGCUGCGUGGUCAAAUAAGGCUGGAUGUAGAUCCAGAGCAAGAAGAAAACACCUUCAGCAUGUUGGACCUCUGGCAUGAGAGGGUCGUGUACAUUCAUGGAGGGUCCGAGGAGCCAGAUGACUUCUUCAUGUUUUCUAUUUAUUCAAGCAGCAGAAAAUCUGUUCCGGAUUAUUUGAAGAACAACAAACUGUACCGUUACAACAUGACCGUGACACCCACCAAUGAUGCCCCCGAGUUAAGCCUGCCUGAGGGAAAUCUCUUUGUUCUGCUCGAAAACUCAAAGAGACGCCUCACCACGGAUAUCCUGAAGGCUACAGACAUUGACAGUCCUAACGGCGAGCUGGUUUUUUCUGUUCUCGGAAACCUUAACGCAGAAGCUGGGUAUUUGGAGCUCGAGAAUAACCAAGGUGCAGCUGUCACCUCCUUCACCUAUAUAGAUCUGGAGGAGCUGAAGGUGUGUUACGUCCACACCGGCAUCAGAAACUCGCGAAUCGUCUUCAGAGUGGGUGACGGAGAGAAGGUUAGCAACACGGUGGUCCUCCGAGUGCUUGCCAUCACGCUGGAGUAUAAGAUCGCCAACAACACGGGUCUACAGGUCACGCAGGGAGACUGGGCCGUCAUCAGCCCGGCGCAUCUAGCUGUGCAGACCAACGCGGUGAAACAAGUCGUGGACAUUCGCUACGACGUCAUCGAACCUCCACAAUACGGAGAGAUCCAGAGGCUUCACUCCAGCGGCGAAUGGAGAGCCACGGAUUUAUUCUCCCAAAGGCUUAUUGAGAAAGAGCGACUGAGAUACGUCAGCACUUAUCAAGACAUACAGACAUACAAUGCCACUGAUUACUUCAAAUGCAAAAUUAACAUAGCGGCGAGGGCAAAUACUGAAGUACUUUUCCCGAUCACAGUCAAGUGGGUGACUUAUACGCUUGUGAGAAAUGUGGUGAUAGACCUGGAUAAAGUUCGCAAAGUUACACUGAGUUCAGAAAACCUUUUUGCCGUCUCUGAAGGAGUAGAUCUGGCUGAAGAUGAACUUUACUACAGGGUCCUCACGACUCCAAAGAAAGGUCGACUUCUGCUGGAUGCAACCGUUUUGAGUAAGAAUACGAGUUUUAGUCAGAGAAAUUUAACCGAUGGCAAAGUCCAUUAUGAGUUAGUCGACAGGCCUUACGAAGACACCAGCGAUAGAUUCAAGUUUUUGCUCUUUUCAAAGCAUGCCCAGUCACAGAACUAUGAUUUCCAGUUUUCAAUCAAAGCAGACGUCAACAGCGUGUUUAUGAAAAAUGAAGGACUUUCGCUUUUGGAAGGAGAAAGCAAGUUGAUCACGAGAGACGAACUGUUCGCGGAGACUCUGAGCUCCACCGAUGUCUUUUAUACGGUCAUAAACGGACCCAAGCACGGAAAGCUGGCGCGCAUAAGUCAAUCCAAUUCAAACGCAAGCUACACCAAUAUUUUGACUUUCAGCAACCAGGAUAUUUUGGAAGAGCGGCUCAUGUACGUUCACGACGACAGCGAAACGACUGCAGAUGCGUUGACGUUCAUAGCCUCCACGUCGCAGGGGUUCAAAUCUUCCAUUGUAGAGGAGGAAGUCGGAUCCAAGGAAGCUACGUUCAACAUUUCAAUCCAACUGGUCAACGAUCAAAAGCCAGUGCGAGUGAUCGAUAAGGUUUUCCAUGUUGUCAGAGAUGGACAGAGGUUGUUGACCGCGGAAGACUUGCUUUAUCAUGACGCGGACUCGGAUUUUGACGAUUCCCAGCUGCUCUACACUCGGAGAGGCAUUCCCAUGGGAGAUCUAGUCCUGGUGAAUGACACGACGCAUCGGCUUUUCCAGUUCCAUCAGCGAGACUUGGAAGACAAGCGUGUGUUGUUCAUUCACAAAGGCGUCAGCACCGGAAGAUUCGUGCUCUUCGUCUCCGAUGGAAAACAUUUUGUAUCCAGCUUGUUAGACAUUAGUGCGGACGAUUCGUUCUUGAGAGUUGGAAGCAAUAGCGGUUUACUCGUCCAGAAGGGAAAAUCCGUCUCUAUUUCGACCAGUAAUUUCAGCGUCGUGUACAAUCUUGACAUUAGAGACGACCAAGACGUUCUGUUUAUAAUCAACGAGACUCCCAAAAGUGGUGUCAUUUACUGCAAGAAGGAUAAAGUUAGCUCGUUCACGCAAGCUGAUCUUAAAGCUGGGUGGAUUUUGUAUCAGCACAACGACAGCACACAUCUGGCAGACCACUUCAAUGUGACGGUCAAAGCGAAAGGACUUCAGCUGUCGGCAAAGAUUCAUAUAAAAGUUUACCUGGAAAGUCAUCAGAGACCUCCCAUCGUACAGACGCAGGAGGUGGUGCUGGUGGAGGAGGGGAAACCGGUGAAGAUAGAUGAGACUAAACUAGAGGUGACUCACGAGGACAACCUGCCAUCUGAGAUCGUGUUCACGGUGAGAGAACGUCCCGCUCACGGCUUCCUCCGCCGCUUCCUCCCGGACCAGCAGCGCUACGCAGGGACCCGGGCCUCCCCUGUCUCCUCGUUCACCCAGGCCGACAUCAACCAGGGCCUGCUCCAGUACCUGCACAUGGAACCUCACACCUGCAACGACAGCUUCCUCCUGGACGCCACCAACGGAGUGACGGACGUGGGUGGCAUCCGCGUGACAGUGGACAUCAUCCCGCUCCUCAUCCCGCUCACGGUCUCUGGUUUCAGCCUGGACGAGGGAGGCUCCAAGGCGCUUACGCAGGAGACGCUAAAGGUCACCAACCGCCAUUUCUCCGGGGUGGACUUCCUCUACGGUUUGACUCAUCCGCCGCUGCACGGUCACAUUGAGCACUCGCGGCACCCGGGGGUGGCUCUAACCUCGUUCACCAGGAGGCAGGUGGAGCAUGAAUACAUCUACUACGUGCACGACGGCAGUGAAACCUCGACUGAUAACUUCUCGGUGAUCGCCAACGACACCGGUCUGAGAAAGCAGAGUCCGGAGCUCACGGUCCAAAUCCACGUGGUCCCGGUCAACGACGAGGCCCCCGUUGUUACAGCCAACCGGGUCCUCAGGGUGUGGGUGUCCUCGGUGACGGAGAUCAGACCAGAGGACCUCAGAGCCGAAGACCUGGACUCGGCCUCAGACCAGCUGCACUUCAUGAUCACUCCUCCCAGUAACGGACACUUGGCCCUGAAGAGCGCCCCCAUGAGGCCAGUGCUCAACUUCACCCAGGCUCACAUCGACCAGGGCCAGCUGCUAUUCGUCCACAAAGGUGCCAUGUCCGGAGGAUUCAACUUCCAGGUUAACGACGGCGUGAAUUUCACUCCACGCCAAAUCUUCAGCAUCACCGCCCGAGCUCUGGUCAUCAUUCUGGAGAAGAACCGGCCGCUCAAAGUCUUUCCAGGUUCAUCGACUCCAAUCACGAACGAGAACCUUCAGGCCGUGACCAACGACAUCAGCCACUCCUCCAACCGCAGCAUCACCUUCAGCGUGACGCGGGCCCCCAGAUUGGGACACCUGGUGUGGGAGCGCCCUGAUCUGUCUGUGCUCGAGAUCUCCACCUUCACACAAGACAUGGUGGAUAGAGCUGAGGUGCUGUAUGUCCAGUCCGCCGUGGACUCGGUGGGGUGGGAGGCCAUGGACUCCAUGAGCUUCUCCGUCACCUCUCCGCCCACGUCUCUGGAGAGUCAGAUCUUUAAGAUGGACAUCUCCUACGAAAACACCGGCCCCCAGCACAAAACUGUCCUGCUAGCAAACACUGGUGCUAAUGUUUCAGAAGGAGAGAGCGUCGUGAUCAACAAGUCCAGCCUGGAUGCUUCAAACCUCUUGACGAAGCUUCCAGUCCCGGACCGGAGCGCGUUCGAGGUCUGGUUCCAGGUUACGUCCCUGCCCCAACAUGGCGUCAUUACGGUCGGCGAACGCAACCUCACCGCGGAGAAACCCAACUUCUCCCAGUUCAUCGUCAACAAGUACGGCAUCACCUACCAACACGACAACUCCGAGACCAAUCGCGACCGCUUUAUCUUCAGCGCUUGGCUCAAUGCGAAGGGUCAAACUGCGCAAAGGCCUGGUAACGGAGACCUCAUCGAAGAGGCUUUCAACAUUACCGUACUUGCCGUGAAUGACGAGCCACCUGUGCUCAAGACUAAAGCUCCUAGUUUGAAGGUAGUUCAGGGAGACACUGUGUUCCUAACGCCUGAAAACCUUAGAGUUGAGGAUUUAGACAACCCGCCAGAGGAUAUAAAGUUCAUCGUGAUCAGCAAACCGAAUAAUGGGUUUUUGGCUUUGGAGGAAAACUUGGAGAAAUCAGUGGAUUCUUUCACCCAAGCUCAAAUAAACAACGGUAGCGUGUACUUUAUCCACGAUGGAAGUUCUGCGUCUGGGGUUUUCUACUUCAGCGUCACCGAUGGCCAUCACAAACCGAUUUACAAACUUUUUAACGUGGACGUGACUGAAAUUACCAUCUCACUCGUGCAAAACAGAGAGUUGGUUUUGACGCAAGGCCAAAUCUCUGUUCCGCUUUUGCCAGACAAUCUUUUCGCCAAAACGAAUGGGAAAAACGUCACGAUUCGCUACCGGAUCACAGCGCCUCCGCAGUUUGGGAAGCUCAUGAAAGGUGAUGAAGAGGUGACACAUUUUGAGCAAGAACAUUUACAAACGGGGAAUCUGUCCUACCACCAGACCUCCCCUUCAUCCGGAGCAGACUGUUUCGUGUUGACUGUCUACACGUCAGAAGCCGAUUUAACUGAACAAGUCGUAAACAUAUCUGUGAAACCGUUGAUUGACAUUGAUCAAGGUGUGAGGAUCCCCAAUGGUGUGGCAGUUAAGCUAACCCCUAGCUUCCUCAAUGCUUCUCAACUGGCGAAUAUAACUAGUAGCAUGCCUGUGUUUGAAAUUGCUAAGUCUCCAAGCACUGGUAAGCUAAUUCGGAUGGAUUCAAAACGCAAACCUAUUCAUACUUUUACUCAUGAAGAGUUGAAGCAAGGGAAAAUCGGAUUGGAGCUAAGUGCAAACAUGACUGGGAUCCAAGAGUUGAACGACAGCUUUAUAUUUGUCCUGAAAGCCGAUAGCGUUCCUCCAGCGAAAGGGGAGUUCCAAUUUACCGUCGUGCCAUUCGAUCCAGCGCUCAUACCCGCCACAAAGAGCCCCUCUGUCCCCACACCACCCCCAACUCACACUGGAGUCCUCACCCUGAAAAACGGAACCACUUCUCCAAUAACAACCGCCUUUCCGUCCACGCAUCAACCCAGCAAGAACCAGCAGAAGUACCAGAAAGGGCGCAACCGCUGGGGGAACAGGACUAGCGUUUUUGCCACCACUCUGGACAAACCGAAGCACGUGACGGGAGAGGAAGAGGUCGCGUUCAAGAACACUCCGGUUCGCGUGGAGUCCUUCCCGCAGAACUCUCCGAACCCUCUCCUGGUCAUCCUUCCGUUGCUCGCCCUGCUUUUGCUCGUCAUCAUUUUUGUGGUGCUCGUGGUCUACCUCCGGCACCACAGACGGAGGAAGCCCAAGAGAGCCACCCCGACUCCGCCCACGCCGCAAAACGUGUCGAGUAGUAGCCGGUCCUACAGCAGUCCCACGGUUCCCACGGUGACGGUGACUCCUUUGAACCCGGGAAGUUGUUCUUCCAGUCCGGUUUUCGAUCGCUUCCUGGCGCUCAAUCCAAAUUCCAUCUAUAGCACCAUCGAUUCUCCCGUGUUUUCCAGCACGUGGAGCAACGAAUCACCGGGAGCGUCUUCCCAGAUCAUCACCGCCUCCACUCCGACUCUGCGUAAAAACCAGUACUGGGUGUGA